AUGCCCUACCAGUUCGACUAUAAUGUAAACGAUGCCUACAAAGGACUCAAUUUUGGCCAAGAGGAACAUUCCGAUGGGAAGGUAGUCUACGGAUCUUAUAAUGUUGGUCUUCCAGAUGGCCGUAGACAAAGAGUCGAAUACAGAGCCGAUCAUCAAAAUGGCUUUGUAGCCAAAGUUAAUUAUGUUGGAGAGGCUCAACACCCUAAAAGCUACGGUCCAGCCAUCACCUUCAAACCAUCAUACAGCAACGGAAACCAAGGCCAGGGUGGGAAUGGUUUUUGCUACGGUGGCCAGGGAUACGGUCAGGGUGGCAGUGGAUUUAACGAUGAUGGCCACGGAAAAGCCCAGAGUGGCACAGGAUUCAGCUAUGGAGGACGAGGAAAUGGUCAACGGGACAAUGGAUUUAACUAUGGCGGCCAAGGAAAUAGUCAGGGGGACAAUGGUUAUAGUGACAACGAACUGACCUAUGGUGACAAAGGAAAUGGUCAGCAUGGCAAUGGAUUCAGCACUAGCACCCAUAUAAAUGGUCAGGGCGGAAAUGGUUUUAACUAUGGUGAUCAAGGAAAUGGCCUGGUUAGCAUUGGAUUUGGCAGUGGCAUCCACGAUAAUGCACAUGGUGGCAACGGCUUUAGCUAUGAUAGCAAAACAAAUGGCAAGAGUGAGGUUAUAUUUGACCUCCGUGACCCACGACAAAGUCCGCCUAGAGACGUCAUGAUGGCUAUUAAGACGGUCGCAACGUUGCUGGCGACUUCUAUGGCCUUCGUUUCAUCUCACCCUGGCUACGAAUCGGCACCCAUGCCAUAUCGCUUUGCCUAUGACGUAAACGAUCCUUACGAAGGUGUAAGCUUUGGUCACAGAGAACAUUCCGACGGGAAUGUCGUCACUGGGUUCUACAAUGUUGCACUUCCGGACGGGCGUAAACAAAAUGGAGAAUACAGAGUCAACGACGAAAGUCCAGCUCAGCAUUCUCAAGCCUAUGGGUCAGCUGUCACCUUCAGACCUUCUCAGAACAACGCUGGCCAAGGGCAGAGGGGAGAUGGAUUUGGCUACGGAGGCCAAGGAUGUGGAGAUGUUGGCUUUGGAAAUUGCAAUGCAGGAUUAGUAACUACCGACGGUGGAAAUGGAUUUGGUUAUGGAGGCUUUGCAUCUGGCCAUGCAGGACUGAGCAGCAACCAAGGAGGAAGUGGAUUUGGCAAUGGUGGCUUCGGGUAAACCCAGGGAGGACAGUGCCCUGGCUUAUAGCAAUGGUGUCAGUUGGGGAUGAAGUUACGAAAUCUUGGGCAAAAAAAAAAAAAAAAAAAAAUGCAAAGUAAAAUAAACAAUAAA